CUCGGAACGCGACCUGGAGAGCGACGCGGCGGCCGCAGCCAUGGGUGCUGGGCCUGCGGGGCCGCGGAGGGGUCGCGAGGAACUGCCGGGCGGGGCUGAAGAGACAGCCGCCGGGACUGGCCCUCGACGCUGAGCUGCGGUGGGGCCCCCGCCUGCUCUUGGAGGGCCAGUGAGCGCGAGCGGGGCGCGUCGGAGGAGCCGGGCAGCCGCCGGCCACCUCAGGGGGGCCUCCCUGGCUGCCGGGAGGAUCGAGAGGGUCGUGUGGGCACAUCUGGGGGUGCGUGGACCCCGCCGGGCGCUUUUCAGGGGCCAGGGAGCGUCUGCAGGGGCCGCGGCACACCGGCGGGGGCACCGCCGGGGCCCAGCGCCGCCUCGGUCGAACCCCCGGGGCGUCCCUGCAUGGCUGAGCUGCCCCUUUGCCGGCCGCCCGGGCGCCGCAGCGGCUGAGAUCGCUGGGAUCGCCGGGCCGCCGCCGCCCUCGCCGCCCCCUGCAUGCCCGGCGCCCGGGUCGCGGCCCACCUGGACGCGCUGGGCCCCCUGGUCCCCUACGUGCCGCCGUCGCUGCUGCCCUCUAUGUUCUACGUGGGCCUGUUUUUCGUCAAUGUGCUGAUCCUAUACUACGCCUUCCUCAUGGAGUACAUUGUCCUCAAUGUGGGCCUCGUCUUCCUGCCCGAGGACAUGGACCAGGCGCUCGUGGACCUCGGCGUGCUCUCCGACCCCGGUUCGGGCCUCUACGAUGCCGACUCGGAGCUCGAUGUCUUCGAUGGUUACUUGGAGUAGGCUUGGCUACCGUCCUCCCCUCCCCCCCAACGACCCGCAACCCUCGGCCUGGACCGGCCGCCGCUGCUGGUUGGGGGCAUCGUUUGGCCAGGGAUGGGACCCCCAGGACGAGGCCCUCACUGGCCUCCAAGACCUGCCUGCUUCCCCCGAGAGCUCCGUGCCAACAGAGAGGUUUCUGUCCGGACCCAGGAGGGUGGGGCAGAGAGAUGGAGACUGAGAGCCGAGGCCCGGAAGGCCUGUACCCCUGUCCCCAGGGAAAGGCAGGGGCAUCCGAAGACCUCCCCCACCCUCAGCGUCGCACAAAUGGCCUUGCCUUGGCUUCUGACCUUCGCAUUGGCGAUGGAUGUUUACAGGAACCCAGCCAGAGUCUGCCUCCCCGCUCUUCACCCCCGACCGCUCCUGCUUCUCCACACUUCAUCUUCCGAGAGGAUGCUUCAAACUGCAGACCCACUGCGGAAGCCACUCCCAGCUCCGUUGGAGGCCAGCGGAGCCCAAAGCUUGGCCAGGUUUGGCCCCGAGGCUGGUCUUAGAUGCAGCGACUAUUUCAGGGAGUAAGUCAGAAGGAAAAGAAGCCAAGGAUUGUGUCGGGGGCGAGGGUCGGGCUUGACUUAUUCGUUUCCAGUUGCUCGUUCUGCAUCAAGUCGCCAGGACUGAUCCGUCAUGCGGGGGGGUGCCUCGCUGCUCCGCUGGCCAGAAAUGUUUUUGCAAAUGUGAGCGGUAUGAAUACUUGAUGUCGAUAAGCCUGUAAAAGCAAUACUUAGGAGGCUGACUUCUUUCAAUUAAAAAAUGUAUGCAACCAACUCCA